CUUCAAACGGUUACAUUUAAGGCGGCUAGACGGUCAACAAGUGUUUUGAGAACAAUGAAAUUAUUUGUAAUAGUUUUAAAUAUUUUGUGCUAUUUCUGGCCUACACAGGGAUAUACAGUGGGUAGGAAUGGAAUUUCUAUAAAUGUGUGCUCUCAGGGCGGCCAAUAUCAUGCUGAUCCCUAUGAUUGCCAUUAUUUUAUUCAGUGCAGUAAUGGUAUUCCAUAUAGACAGAAAUGUGCUACUCCUUUGUUUUGGAAUCAAAAACUAUUGACUUGUCAAUGGUCUGGAGAUCAUUGUAGUGAACAGAUUGCAACUACAACUACCACAGAAGCUACAACUACUACAAAAGCUACAACUACCACAGAAGCUACAACAGAGCUAGGAACUACAACUACAGAUGGGAAGUUUUUAUCAGAGAGGACAACUACAGAGGAAAUUCCAGUAGAAACCACUACGGAAAUAAAAACUGAAGUUUCAACGACACCCGAUGGCACCUCUUCGACAGAGGCUAGCACUUCCAAAGACUGUGCAACAGAAGUUUCCACUUCGUCUGAAGCCGCAUCUUCAACAGAUACUACAAUUUCUACACCAGAAGCUACAGCUGAGACACCAGCACCAGAAACUACACCCCCAACCUCUAACGAGUCUUCAACUGAAAUUUCUUCCACAUCGGAGGCAGCAACAAAAAAUCCUUUGGAAUCUAGUACUGAAACGACCGCAACCACAGUAGGAUGUGAUGAUGGUGAUGUUGAAUCCUCUUUAAAUUGUGAAUACUAUAUACAGUGUGUCAAUGGCCAGCAGAUAAUAAUCAAAUGUCCCGAUGGUACAUAUUGGAAUCAACAAAUUGUGGCAUGUACCAUAGAUAAUAGUCAGUGCGAUGACUCUACACCAGCAAUUGGUACAACAGGAAGUGAUUCCAGUUCUUCGGAAAGUACUUCCAAAGAAACCACGCUUAAUGGAAAUAGAGAGCCAACUGGCUCUGCAUCAACUUCAGCAGAAAGUUCUUCUUCCGAACCAACUACUCCAACGGUAGCUACAGAGAUAACUGACGAUACAUCGACUUCCCAAAAUGACUCUACAGCAGAGGCAGGAUCUUCGAGUGAAACAACUGCUGGUGGAACCACUGAGGGAAUAACAAAUCAAUCAACUACCGAAAAUGGAUCUUCCACAGAGCCCACAACUUCCAAUGGAUCUACUGAAAGCAGCAGCAUUUCAAGUGAAACCACUACAGAUAAAUCUACUUCUGAAAGUGAAUCGUCUUCCGAGACAACCACUCGUGGAUCUAUAGAAGGUGAUACGACUUUAAAUGGAACAACUGAAAAUGAAUCGUCGCCUGAAAAUACGGAGAUAACAUCUGAUGAUUCUACAGGAAGUACAACAACUUCAAGUGGAUCCACCGAAAGCGGUGUGACUUCAGAACCAACAAUUUCUAAUGGAUCUACAGAAAGCGAAACCACUUCAAGUGCAACUGAAUCUUCAAAUGGAUCUACAGAAAACGAAACCACUUCAAGUGCAACUGAAUCUUCAAAUGGAUCUACAGAAAACGAAACAACUUCAAGUGGAACUACCGUAAGUAGUUCUAGUACCGAUCCAACAACUCCAAACGAAUCUACAGAAACAACUGAAAACGGUGUGACUUCAAAACCAACAACUUCUAACGGAUCUACAGAAAGCGAAACCACUUCAAGUGCAACUGAAUCUUCAAAUGGAUCUACAGAAAGCGAAACCACUUCAAGUGCAACUGAAUCUUCAAAUGGAUCUACAGAAAACGAAACAACUUCAAGUGCAACUGAAUCUUCAAAUGGAUCUACAGAAAGCGAAACCACUUCAAGUGCAACUGAAUCUUCAAAUGGAUCUACAGAAAACGAAACAACUUCAAGUGGAACUACAGAAACUACUGAAAGUAACUCGACCUCAGAAAGCUCAACUUCUCAUGAAUCUACCGGAAAAACAACUACUUCCGAAACUGAAUCAUCUUCCGAGACAACAGCUUCUAAUGGAUCUACAGAAAGUGAAGACACUCCAAAUGGAAGCACUGAAAUUGGCUCAACCUUAGAAGCCACGGAAAUAACCACCGACAGUGGCGGCUCAACAGCAGACACUACUAGCUCCAAUGGAGAUACCGAAUCAACAGAAAAUACUACUUCUAAAGGCACAACGGAAACUGCAGACAGCACUACCUCCCAGGAAGCCACCGAUUUGACUACAAAUCAGUCUUCCUCGGAAACUACAACUUCAAAUUCAGUUAGCGAAUCGACCGACGGCAAAUCAUCAACCGACAGUGCAUCCACUUUGGAAGUAACUACUUCCUCUGUGCCAAAUGAAUCAUCAACUGAAAGUGCGUCAACUGCUGAGGGAUCCUCAAACUCCACUCCUAUUACAACUACAGAAGCAACUGCUACCACUGAACUUAAUGUCUGCCUAAAUACUUUCCAAGACUAUCAUGCAGAUCCAAAGGAUUGCAGAAAGUUCAUAGAAUGUGUCAAUGGCCAACCCAUUAGUCUUAACUGUCCUGUGCUGCAUUAUUGGGAUGUCCAGCUGGGAUCCUGUGUUAAGGGUGAUUGUCCUAAUGUCACAACUAUAGCAGCCGUCUCACCCAUAGCCCACAGUGAUUGUCCAAUUAUUGACGAUGUUAAUCAUGCUGUAAUGUUGCCCUAUCCCCUGGACUGUAGUAAAUAUUACAGCUGUUCGAAUGGUUAUGCCUAUUUGCAGCAGUGUCCCAAUUAUUUGCAAUGGAGUACUCUAACCUAUCGCUGCGAUUAUCCCAACGUAGCCAAAUGUAGCCAAGCGCCAAGCAUGUUGACACCACCACAAACGGUAGUUGGCUCCCCCAAUGGCUUAACAGCCUCAUUGACGGGUGAGGUAAUUUAUCAAUUGCAUCCCAACGAUUGCAGCAGAUACUAUAAAUGUCAGACCCUGGCAUGUCCCAUUAACUAUCAUUGGAAUUCCUUGACACAAACCUGUGAUUUUCCCCAUAAUUCUCAUUGUCCUUUUACGGCCGGAGUGGCCGUGUCCAUAGGCUCUAACAUAAACCCAUCUGUACAGUCCCUCAACACACCUACAACAGCUAAUGUGGGUGAUAUAUUUGCCCAAAUAUAUCCCAACGAUUGCUCGAAAUACUAUCAAUGUCAGGCAAUGUUGUGUCCAGGCAACUAUCAUUGGAGUUUCCGCUCAGAAAAAUGUGAUUUGCCGCAAUUGGCCGAGUGUCAAGUGCAGCCUCAAUUGCCUGCUGUAGUAGUUGAAACUAGCUCUAUUGCUGUACCCACUGCUUUCACCGCCCCGCCAACACCAAUCGUGGCACUGGCACCUAAUGUAGUAACGGAAAAUCCUAAUAUGGCAUGUCCUGAGUGUGCUAGCAUGUGUGAGGGCUAUCAACAUCUCUAUUUGCCACAUCCCCACGAUUGUCAUAAAUUUAUACAGUGCAAUGGCUGGAGUUAUAUACACACCUGUCCAGACAAUCUAUUUUGGAACGCUAAAUUAAAUACAUGUGAUCGUGUUUGUGUUACAAUCUAAGAUUUAAAGCAAAUAUAAAUAAGGACCCUUCAUUCUUUAAAAUGAAACGAUAAAACUUAAAACAAGUUUCCGUUUUAUUGUGUGAAAUGAGGUCUUAUAUGUAUCCGAUUUAUUCAAUAAAAUGUUUCUUUAUUUCAAUAAA